GAGAAAAGAUCCAGCAAUCGGACAAGUGAUCGGAUUUAAAGAAAAGGACAUGCCACUCUCACAGCUGGACAAACUUAAAACAGACAUAAACACCAGGAGACUAUUAAGGGAAUGGAGUAGACUGCACGUAGAGGAUGGCCUCCUUUAUAGGAAGACUGCGGAAAGAAAACAACUCGUACUCCCUGGCACCUAUAAGCAGACAGUUCUAGCCCAACUCCACAACCACAUGGGUCAUAUAGGUGUCGAAAAGGUGUUAAAUUUGGCAAGGUCCAGGUUCUACUGGCCUUUCAUGAAAAGGGAAGUUGAGGAGUAUGUAACCAGAAAGUGUCCAUGUAUCAAACAGAAAAAGCCUGCAUUGCAUGAAAGAGCACCCAUGAGUCAUAUUACAUCCAACUCACCUCUUGAGCUUGUCUGCAUUGAUUUCCUACACUUAGAAGCUAGCCGUGGAGGAUUUGAGUACAUCUUGGUUGUUAUAGACCAUUUUACUCGUUUUGCACAGGCCUAUGCUACCCGCAACAAAACAGGCAAAACGGCAGCGGAUCGUCUGUUUAAUGACUUUAUACCAAGGUUCGGAUACCCCGCCAAACUCCACCAUGAUCAGGGCCGUGAGUUUGAAAAUGAGAUGUUCAGAAGACUCAGACAGCUGUCAGGAAUUGGGCACUCAAGAACUUCCCCCUAUCACCCCCAGUGCAACCCAGCUGAGAGACUGAAUCGCACACUGUUGCAGAUGUUACGUACCUUAGGAGACAAGGAGAAGGAACACUGGAAGGACCAUUUACCCCAUGUCAUCCAUGCAUAGACAUGGAACGUGAUGUCUUGUAUAAAGCCAAGUUUAUUGCCGCUGUUCGUUUGUGGAGGAAGCGUGAGGAGGAAAAGAGGGUGCUGCUUAAGAAACUGUCUCAGCUGGAGGAGGCCUGGACCCAGAAAGACAAGUUCAUCCACUCCAGUCGUCUGAUUGUUAAGUUCCGUGAGGAUCAUAUCAAUCGUCUUGAGAAGAAACUAAAGGCAGGAUCUGCCUCCCUUACGGACGAGGAGUCGCAGGCUCACAUUGACCAGCUGAAGCAAGAGAAUAAGAUUUUACGAGACCAGGUUGACCAUCACCCGAAGAUGACUCGCUAUGCAGCGGAGAACUACAGCCUCAGACAGGAGAAUCGUCAACUUCGCUCCCUUGUCUCGGAGGGGAACUCUGAAGAGGCUGGAGCACAAGUUGCUGCCAAGCUGGAAGAAGAAUUCCAGAGGGCCAUCGAAACGGAAAGCAUUGCAGGAACAGGUGCUUUGACCUCCGUGGCUACCGAUGCUCUAACUGCAUCCGCAACGGAGAAGCUGAAAGCUCAGCUGCUGCAGAAACAGUCGGAUCUCACAGCGGCUCUUCAGGCCUUUGAGGAGUACAAGGAGAUCACCAAGAAGCAGAUGUCUCAGUUGGAGUCUGACAGAAGAUACCUUGACAAGUCCAACAAGCAUCUGGAGAACAUUCUGGAAGCCACCAACGCCUACAAAAAAAAAGAAGUCUCUGAAUUGAACAGAAUUCACGUGGAAACUCUGAAGAUUCUCACCACUCCCACCAAAGCGUACAACCUGCGCUCCCGUCUCGUGCCCCUGGCCAGCCCGGAACACAUGACAGGCACCGACGAUAAUAACGCAGAUGACAUUUGGGCCGAGCCCCCUCCGUCAGACAUGACUGAGAUGGCGCUGACCGAAGAGCUGCGUCAAGUCCAGGAGCAGAUGAGUCACGUGCAGGCUCAGCUGGGGGAGGAGGAGCUAAAGAACAGGAACCUGAUUCAGCAAAUUGCAAAGCUAGAAGAGCAGAUCCAUGUACUGUCACAGGAAUUUGGACAAAAGGAUGAACAACUGUCAACUGAGCGCGCCAACAAGAUCAGAGAUCAGCUCAAACUGCAGGAAACGAUCAACGGCCUGCACCGGAACCUUCAGUCUGAACAGGAAGCUGCAGAAGUUCUGAGAAGUGAGAUCCGUGACCUACGUCUGGUGCUGCAGUCUUCUGACAAAGAGCUGGCCGUAGCGAAGAAGGAGCUGGGAGACAAGCAAAGCGAACAGCAGAACGAAACAAGCCAACUCUCCAGCAGUCUGAUCACCACUCGGCUCCAGCUCGACAAAGUCCAACUGGAGUGGGAGCAGCUCCUGGAGCAGCAUCGGACUCUGCAGGAUUCCUUCGACCAGCUCCAAGCCGAGGCCAAGUUUGACGCGGAUCAUGCGAGACAGCAGCUGGAGGACGGGCAGCAGGAGAUGGGUGUACUGCGGGCCCGGGUUGCAGAAUUAAACGGUUCCCUGGAAACGGAGAAAAAGCACACUAGUACUUUGACCUCCCAGUUAAGAGAGAACAGAGAAAGUACAUUAAAGGAACUUGGUGAAACUGCUCAGGAGAACACACAUCUUAGGAAACAAGUCUCGGACAUGAGCGUACAAAUCCAACAGCAGGUAUCCAAAUUUGAUCACCUGGAGAAGAAUCUAUCCACUGCCAAGGAAACUAUAAAAGGCCUGGAGCAGAAGAUUGAACAGGACAAAGAUGUCGUUGUUGAUCUGAUCAACCAAACCAGAGACCUCCGGAGUGAGCUGAGUCAGAAGGACCAGACCAUUAGCCAUCAUUUGGAGGAUAUCACAGACCUCACAGCCAAGUACAACACUGCAAUCCUGGAACGAGAGGAUGUCAGCCGGAAGAACUCAAAGAUGCAAGCAGAAGUCACAGAACUGAAGGAGACAUUAGAGAGGAGCAUUGCAUCUAACAAAAUAGAGGUUGAGGUGUUGCAGGAGGAGAUGAUUUAUGCCAACGAGGAAGUGGAAAGACUCACAAAGGUCUUAGACGAGCAGAGCAGUCUCCUCCAAGCAGCUCAAGAGCAAACCGCUCAGAAGGACAUCCUCAUACAGACUCUACAGCAAAAGGUGCAGCAGCAGCACGACGCUGUGGAACAAACCAUAAGAAAUGGAGGUUUCAAACUUGUCGAGUCAACGCCUAAAUCCAUACUCAAGACCCCCAGCACCCCAGGGAGCUUCAGAAGGGACCUGACCCAGGUCCUGGAAAGCCAGGAGAGAGAACUGGAGAAUCGACGGUCCUCCAUGAUGACCAUGGAAAUCCUCUUAGUGGAGCUGAAUGCCGAGAGAGCUGCCAAGAAUGAGGAGAUUCAACGGCUCAAAACACAGUUGACUGAGAAAGAAAUGGCCCGCAUGGAGAUUCAGGGUUUGCUUGACCAGUUUUAUACCAAAAGGAGUCAGCUGUCUCAGAGCGGGAAUGCAAACAGCGAGGAGCUCACUGACGGCAUCAAGCAGUCCAUCCUUAAAGAGCUACACAAGGAGAAAGAAGAGAAGGAGAAAGUGAUGCAAAGGCUUUUGGACACUCAAAAAAAAAUGCAGGCACAGGAAUCAGUAUUGGCCCAGUCGCAGACUUGUGUUCAGGAGUUGACCACGGAAUUGAGGAACCGCUGUCUGGAAGUCCGAGAGCUGAGCCAGCGGGUACAGGACGAGGACAAACUUCUCAAGGAGAAUGAGGUUCUCCGCAAGCAGAAUGUUCAGCUGUCAGAGGAGAACGGAAAGCUGGUAUGACAUUAGCAUAGACCACCUGAAGCAUUUCAGGCAGGAGACUCCACGGAUUCCACAUAAAAUUGGAGCACUGGAGUGCCAAUCCGCUGCCACUGCUGUCAAUGUGCCAGGCGUGUCUGUCCUCACUGCCACUGUCCUCACAAGACCUACAGUCAUUGUCGUCCUCAAAAAGAGACCUUCAGCCCUCUCCACCACAGCCGCUGUCCAAGCUGCCUCUGUCCCCGCCGCCACACAUGUAGCACCUGUCCUGGCUGCUCCUGUCCCUUCGACCACUGUCCUUGCCACGACACCUGCAGCCACUGUGCUGACUGCUUCUGUCCCUGCGGCCAAUGUCCUCGCCGCAACACCUACAGCUAUUGCCCCAGCUGCCUCUGUCCUCGCUGCCACAGGACCAACUGCCCCAGUCCACCCAGUUGCU